AUGAACUUGCCGCCGCCACCACCAUAUCCUUUGAACCCACGUGGCCACUACCGCUCCGUGAGACGCAUCUGUCCGCGUGCCGGUCGACAUAAAGGAAACAGCCGGCUAACCACAAUUCCAGAGUACAUAGUUAACAAACAGAGUGAGGAAUAUCAAGCAAUUGCCUGGAUUAUAUUACAACAGUCAAUCUCUAAUUUAGUGAAACAACUGACUUCAGAAGACAAAGCCAGGGAAGUCGCAAAAAAGAUUUUACGUUUAAAUAUAACGCGUGGUAAAGGUUUACUUUGCAAGAAUAUUAUGGCUCUUCAGUUUGCUUCAAGUGAUAAAACUCAUAUUUAUGCUUUGUUUAUUUCCCUUAUCUACCUUGAGUUUCCAGACGUAGGAGGGUUACUCUUGGUACGAUGUCUUCAGCAGUUUAAAGUUGCAAAUAAAACAAGAGAAAAAUGUGAAUACUUAACAUCAAUUCUAUUUGUAUCAUACUUGAUUAUUAAUGAUGUUGUUUCACCACUUAUGGCUGUUAAACUAUUGACAUUUCUUAUCAAAUUACCGUCACAAAAUUCAAUUGAUGCAGCAUUUGUGAUUUUAAAUACAUGUGGACAUAAAUUGAGUAAUCAAAAUAAACAGGAAAUCGAAAACCUUAUAAACUUAGCUGGAUAUAGUACUUCGGCAUUCAACAUGCGGUUUGGCAAUAAGAUUCGACGUAUGAUACAAAUAAUAAUGAAAACAAUUACGCUUAAAAAUGUAUUGAAAUUCAAGAAACCAGCUGUGACAAAAUUUAGGAUGCCUUUUAAUAUUUCCUUGGAAAAUAAUAUCAAUCCAGAAUUGGAUUUGGACUAUUAUUCUUACGAUCCAUAUUAUGCAUCUGCUGAAGAACUGUACGAAUUAUUUCGAAAACAAGUUCUAGAAUCUGAUGAUAGAGAUGAAUACAUAUUAAUGUAUGAUACUAAAUCCUAUGGUAAAAAAAAUAAGACACAAAAUAAAUAUGUGAUUAAGUUCUCAGGAAAUCCAAAAAUAGAUAAAAACUCGAAAUCAUUAAAAGAAUUAGUACAAGUCAUGAUGGACUCAUCAACAUUUAAGUACGAAAAUUGUGCUUCUCAAUUAAUGAAAAUAAAAUUGAAUCCUGGCCAAGAAAUGGAAAUUUGCAUUAUGUUUUUUGAACUUUGUUUUGAGCGUGAUUCAUAUAAUGAGCAUCUAGGACACAUAACACAAAUAUUUUGUCAGCUAAACAGACUUCUAAUUGAACCGUUAGAAAAAUUGUUUGUUGACACCUACACUAUUGUCAAUAGUUUUGACACGAUAAAAUUACAUAAUGUUGCAAAAUAUUUUGCUCAACUGCUAUACAGUGAUACAAUUUCUUGGAAGGUUUUGUCAGCUAUACAACUGAAUGAAGUUGAAACAACAGCUUCUACUGGUAAUUUCGUCAAGCAUUUGUUUCUCGAGUUGUACGAACAUAUGGGAGAACAACAAUUGAAUGAAUGUGUUGAGGAUCCUUCGUUGAAAAAUGCAUUUGAAGGAAUUUUUUUUGGAAGUAGAUAUAACCCAAACUUUUCUGUUGAGUUUUUUUCAUCUAUUGGUUUGAGUGGCUUAAUUUAUACAUUUGAAAACUCAUUAAUUUUCUGA